ACCAAUUCAUUCAAUAUUCCUUCAAAAGCUCCUCAUUAGAGCAGUACAAAAGCUCCAACUAGGACAGACAAUUAAGUGUCAUGGCUCUCCAAGCAGCCUCAUUACUUCCCUCGGCUGUCUCCAUCCACAAAGAGGGCAAGUCCAAUGCUUCUCUAAAGGAGACGGGUUUCUUUGGAGUUUCAGUAUCAGACCAUCUUAAGGCUGAAUUAAGCCUUGGUUUGUCAAAGAACAAGGAACUCAAAAGAAGGAAACUACCUGUUGGAGUUAUUAGAGCCCAAACAGCUACAACUCCAGCAAUCAGCCAGGCCUCACCAGAAGGGAAGAAAACUUUGAGAAAGGGCAAUGUAAUUAUCACAGGAGCUUCCUCUGGGUUGGGUUUAGCCACAGCCAAGGCUCUAGCUGAAACAGAGAAAUGGCACAUUAUUAUGGCAUGCAGGAAUUUCCUAAAGGCUGAUAGGGCUGCUAAAUCAGCAGGCAUUGCUAAGGAAAACUACACUGUUAUGCAUCUUGAUCUUGCCUCUCUUGAAAGUGUCCGACAAUUUGCAGACAAUUUUCGACGUUCGGGUAGGCCACUUGAUGUCCUGGUUUGUAAUGCUGCUGUCUACUUGCCCACUGCUAAGGAGCCAACAUUCACUGCUGAAGGGUUUGAACUUAGUGUUGGAACUAACCAUCUUGGACACUUCCUUCUCUCAAGAUUGCUGCUUGGUGACCUGAAGCAAUCAGAUUACCCAUCAAAGCGGCUCAUCAUUGUUGGCUCCAUUACAGGAAACACAAACACCUUGGCUGGAAAUGUGCCCCCAAAGGCUAACCUGGGGGAUCUAAGGGGACUUGCUGGAGGAUUGAACGGGUUAAACGGCUCACCCAUGAUAGAUGGUGGUGAGUUUGAUGGUGCCAAGGCCUACAAAGACAGCAAAGUUUGCAACAUGCUCACCAUGCAAGAGUUCCACAGACGCUACCAUGAGGAGACAGGGAUAACCUUUGCUUCCCUCUACCCUGGUUGCAUUGCUACAACAGGCUUGUUCAGGGAGCACAUUCCCUUGUUCAGGCUUCUCUUCCCACCUUUUCAGAAGUAUAUUACCAAAGGAUAUGUUUCAGAAGAGGAAGCUGGGAAAAGACUUGCACAGGUUGUUACCGAUCCAAGCCUGACAAAGUCAGGUGUUUACUGGAGCUGGAACAAGAACUCCGCCUCAUUUCAAAACCAGCUGUCACAAGAAGCCAGUGAUGGAGAGAAGGCACGUAAGGUAUGGGAAAUCAGUGAGAAGCUUGUUGGAUUGGCUUAAUGGAGGAUCCUGAGACAGCUGUUGCUCAUUGAUGAAUCUCUCUCAUUGGGACACCAUGUCACACUCUAGCAUAGAGAAAAAGAGAAUUAUGGGGACCAGGAGAACUUUAACAUGAGAUCCUUACUUCAAGAUGUGGUUUGAACCUGGAACAAUAAUCCUCCAUUCAAUUUUCACUAGGGUAUGUUUUCUUAGAUACAACUUAAGAUGGUUCUCAUAUCAGGAAAUAGAGAUCUGCUUGCAAAAGUAACUGCAUCUUUAAUUGAAAUAAUUUUCUUUUGA